CCAAAAAGAUUUCUCCAACCCUCUGUCUUUCUCUCCAGACAUUAUCCCUCUCCAAGGCAGCUUUUGAGUGAGUUUUUGGGUGAGGGGCCCUGAAACCUCUUGCUCAGCUCCAUGGCUGGAAGAAAACACACGUUCAACCUCCUCUCCCUUUCUCAUCUAUUCCUCCGCCUCUGUCUCUUCACUCCUGCAUGUGUCUGCGGUCCUGCCCGGGCCCCUCUGCUCGCCGGCCAGCCUUUCCUGGUGCUGUGGGGGGUUCCAGAUAAAGACUGUUUGGGUCGGCCGAACCCAGCGGCAUUUGGGAUGGAGUGGGAAGGCCGUGUUGCAAUAUUUUAUGAGGACACGCUAGGACUUUACCCGUAUUUCACUGUGCAGGAUCGUCCUGUCAACGGCGGCCUACCACAACACAGCAGCCUUGACCUUCACCUCCAGAGGGUUGAGGGCGACCUGACAGCUUCGUUACCCCAGACAGGAGCGCCUGGGCUGGGGGUGCUGCGCUGGCAGGAGUGGGCACCUCAGUGGAACAGGAACAAGGGAAACAAAGCAAAGUAUCUUGUGGAUUCGAGGGCACUUCUCCGGGGAUUUUUUCCAGACUGGAGCGCAGAGGAAGUGGAAAAAUGGUCUCAGGUUGACUUUGAAGCAGCAGCACAGUCCAUAAUGAUGGAAACGCUGCGGGAGGUGAAGAGACUCCGCCCACAGAGACUAUGGGGCAUGGCCCCGUAUCCUAACUGCUAUAACUUUGACUCCACCCAGAUAGCAUUAGCCAAUUAUACUGGACGGUGCCCUGCGGCGGAAAUGGCCCUUAAUGAUGAGCUGAUGUGGCUGUGGAAGCGUAGCGGUGCCCUUUAUCCAGUCCUCUCUCUGGAGAAGCUCCCAGAGGGAACCAAAGGGGCGUGGCUUUAUGCAACCAAUCAGAUCAGAGAGGCUUUAAGAGUGGCGGCUCUUGCAGGGACUACCUCUGAUCUUCCUGUGUUUCCGAUGAUCAAGAUUGUGUACACAUCCUCUAACGCCUUUCUCUCAGAGACUGACCUGGUCAAUACAAUUGGAGAGAGUGCUGCUAUGGGGGCAUCUGGAGUCGUUAUAUGGGAAAAAUCCUUAGCAGUUAAAACACAGAAAUCCUGCUCAGAGUUUGGCUUGUACGUCCGUCAGGUUCUCGGCCCUUACGCUGUCAAUGUGACCACUGCAGCACGUCUCUGUGGAGUCUUACUGUGUCAGGGCCGUGGACGCUGCGUGCGGAAGAAACCUGAGGACCCCACAUACCUGCAUCUUCCAUCGCCCCACUUUAUGCUGCUCCCAAACGGGGCAGAAGGCGUCCGCCAAACGGGGCAGAAGGCGUCCGAGCCACUGGAGAGCUUCCCACUGCUUGCGUGGACCUCUGGAAGAAGAACUUCCGCUGCCAGUGGUUCGAAGCCUUGGAGGGUGCAGCAGCAGAUCAAGAAUCAGGCACGGUGCUAG